ACAAUCAACAUGAAAUUCUUCCAUUUACUUCUGACCCUCUGUCUGGCCAUUCUUUUGUGCGUUGGACCAAUGGUUCAGGCCCAAGUGCCCUCAAUUCCAACAGAUGCGCCUACUCCCCCAACUGGAUCUGGCGGUAGCGAAGCCACGACCAGUUCUGGCUUCCCCGGACCACCAACAGCAGCCAGCACCGCAGCGACUCCCGAAGUUAGUACCAUUUACCCAGAGUACGGCGUCUAAGGGGCUAUUUCCAAGAGUCAAAUUAAAUAUUCUGUUAAAGCAAUCAAUGAAUCGGUG